CCAUUUUCUCGAGACGAGCUUCGCGUUGCUCAAGUUCUUGAGGACGAGAUGACGUCAUCCUACACUAUAAUAGACAGUGUGGACAGGGCAAGAACUGCCGUCCAGGAACUGAUGAAAGAAGACUACGUGUCAGUUGACGCUGAAGGGGUUCACAUGUCGAAGACAGGACCUCUAACUCUGCUACAAGUGGGGGAAAAGGACGGUCACGUCUUUCUCUUUGAUGUUCUGACAUGUCCUCAAAUAUUCAAGCAGGGUGGAUUAAAGGACUUGUUAGAGGGCGUACAAGUCCUGAAGGUGAUGCACUCGUCUGUCAACGACAGCACUUCACUAAAAUGUCAGUUUGACAUUUUACUACAGAACGUCUUUGAUACUCAGAUGGCAGAUCGGCUGAUAGAAGAAAGCCAAGGGAGACAACUCCCAUCUAAAGUAAAGUUACCUGAUGUUUGUGAAAAAUAUGGCGUCGAUAUAGCUUUGAUAAAGGACAAAGAUGACAUUGCGGAUAAAUGGACGAAAACCGAUGGGGAGUACUGGGCACACCGUCCGUUUACAGAAGAGAUGACAGACUACGCAACAGGAGACGUAAGGGUCCUCAUUCCGGAGUUGUACGAAAAAAUGACAAGUAUUAUCGAGUCGAAAGGCAUGACUUCACUCCUGAAAGAACGCACUGAGGAGGAUCUGAGAUGUCGAUGGGACGAUACGGUUCGAGACAUUCAGGAUGCCAGACAGAAUAAAAUCAGGACCGCGAUUCUACACCAGAUGGAAGCACAAUACAAAGAACCUUUGGUUCUCAGUGAAAUGGAGAACGAGGAUCACAGAGCGAUUAUUAAACGAAUGCGGAUGUCAGAAGCAAAAGACUACAAUAAAAUUAUCCAGGAAAUGAAAAGUAACCAGAUAAAACAAGAUCUAGAAGUUCUGAAAGCGGCAGUGGACGAAAAGGGCGACGCGUAUGUUCCUAUAGGAGCGGAUUUCGCCCUCUUGAGAGAGGGAAAAGAACAUGUUGACAGUCGGGUCCACAAACUCUGCGACACAGUACUUGAAAAACUUGACGCCAUACUGCGAAAAGAUAUGGCAAUAAAGUACAACAUCGAAACGCCACCAAAGCAUAUAUCUGAUCUGGAAAAACGAUUCCUGCGUAGACUGAGACCAAAGGGAGAACACGACAUAACCUUUUCACCCGUCAUUCUCAGGCUGUAUUGGCUUUGUGCAGAAGAAAGUGUGGAUGAGCGAAUAAAGGAGUUCCACAAAAAUCCGUCAGGCAUGGAGAUAAACAGCGGAGAGCAAGCGAAGUACAAGUUUUACUUCAGCAAUGCUAAUGUCCCCAGGCGUCUAAAACAGAAAGCAACUAGCUUCCUUCAUGAACUGGAACAAGCAGGUAAAGUUCAGAGGCCGCAACCCAGAAGACGCCAACGAUAUCAUAAUUCUGGUUAUGGCUAUUAUUAACCCUUCACAGACGGGAACCCAGAGACGCCAAUGGUAUGAUUAUGGUUAUUAUUAACCCUUCACAGACCGCAACCCAGAGACGCCAAUGAUAUGAUUAUGGUUAUUAUUAACCCUUCACAGACCGCAACCCAGAGACAACAAUGAUAUGAUUAUUAUUAACCCUUCACAGACCGGAACCCAGAGACGCCAAUGAUAUGAUUAUGGUUAUUAUUAACCCUUCACAGACCGGAACCCAGAGACGCCAAUGAUAUGAUUAUGGUUAUUAUUAACCCUUCACAGACCGCAACCCAGAGACGCCGACGAAAUCGUGACUAUGGCUAUGGUUAUUAUUAAUCCUUCAGAGAGUGCAACCCAGAGACGCGAACUAUAUCAUAAUCAUUAUUAUCUAUAAUCAUGUUUAUUAUUAAUCCUUUUUUUAUGGUUCGCUGAGAUGCUAAUAGACUUUAGACAUAGCAUAUUUUUACAUUUAUUUUUAGAGGACAACCCCCCCCCCCAAAAAAAAAACCCAAAAAAACCCACAAAAAAAACAAAAAAAACAAACAA